AUCUAAUGGGGGAUGUUGCCAUUGUGGAUGCUCUUAGGAGUACGAUGUUUCCUAAUUACUUCUCCCUAUAAUUAAAAGAUUUUCUAUUCCAAAUAUAGAAAAUUAAGCUACGGAGGGAGGGCCUCUCUAUGGCGGCGAAGUACGGAUCCGGAUUGGGCAGCAGAAUCAGAAUCUAUUACGAAACUCGAGUUUUCACACAGGAGAAAGUCGACGGCGGCGGAGGUUCCUCCUUGAAUGCAGCAGCAGCAGCAGCCCCGAUCGCCGCCGCCUCAGCUCCAGGUACGCCACCAUCAUCAUCAAUUGUGUUCAAAGUGCACUGCAUCAUGAGAUUAAGCGUGGCAGCAGGAGACCCCACGAGGGAGUUCCUGGAGGUGAAGGAUUGGCGGGACACAAGGCACUCAUCCAUUGACCUUCCUUGCUCUACAGACGGAUUAUUUAUUGAUGAUACCAAUCAUAAUCAAAUAAUCUCUGAAGCCCUUACAGUCCUUAGGGUUCUUAAAGAAUCCCACAAGUCCAUCAUCGACCAACUUCGCCAGGGGGCUGCUUCCCUGGGCUUAGCUCCUAUCUUCAUGGUAGAAAUCUGCGAGGUGACGCAUGCCACACUCCCAGUUAUAAGGGAAGAUGGAAAAAGAUUCAUUGAACAAUGCGAGGAGGACGAUGAAAUUGUUGACCAGGACGAAGUCGUCCCCUUCCCUGAUAAUAACGAGGAGGAGAACAAAAAAGAACCUGAUGAUGCAGAAUGUCUCAAUGCUCUCAAGAGAUUAAUUUUGGACGUAGGAGACAUUAAUGAGGAGGAUGAGGUAGCCAUAGUUGAUGAUUGGACCAAAAAAUUCAUGGAUAUUGUUUACAGGGUAACUGAUGAGGAGGAGAAAGCAGCAAAGGAGGAAAAGGAGGCAAAGGACGAAGAGGAGGAGAGGACUUGCCCCAUCUGUAUGAACAUAUUCGAACCAGACGAGAAGCGGAGUAAGAUGAUUUGCUGCCCUCAAGUUUUCCACUGCGAUUGUAUCUCGACGUGGCUCAAACGUGGCAAGACGUGCCCCUGGUGGCGUUCCUCUUUACCACUCGUGCUUCCGUCCGCAAAGGGCAUUAUUAAACGAAAUGAAUCAGAAUAUUUUGUUUGCCCUGUUCAUCCUGGAGUUUCUCCAUACUUGGUAGAACGUUCUGUAUGGAGCAAGGAAAUAUUACAUGCUCUCGGGUGUGAGUGUGGUUGUCUCUCACGCGUGCCUGAUGUAAUAGUAGUUUAGCAUCAGUUUGUUUCAACUAGGUGGAGGCUAUCGCUUCACUUUUUCAAAGUUGGGUUGGAUUAGUAGAUUUUGGGUUUUUUUUUAUGUUAAACAAUGUUAUAAUUUUUUAAAUGGAAAACCAUGAUGCAUAUAAACAUUAAUUUGCCAUCAACAAGACAUUGCCUUUUGUGUUGUGUUCAGAAAUGCUUGAAGUUUUUACUUGCAGGUGUAGCUUUUCUAAAGGAAAUGGGCAAAUCUUGGCCUAGUUGUAGCUUUUCACCUACAAUUUAUGCUGUUGAGUCGUUUUUAUUUAUCUUCUAGCCAUUUUCUAAUAUAUUAAUGCUGAAAGG